AUGCUGUCAACCACCAUUAUCACCAGUUUGAUACUGGGUCUUUCCCAGCUAACAAGCGUCUCAGCACUGCCCUCAACCUCAACCCCCUCAACAGGCUUCAUCGUCAACCACGUAGCAGCAGACUACUUCCCCGACUCAAAAGCCGAUCUCAGCGCCUUCGACGUCGACGUCCGCUUCGUGGGCUAUUCCGCCGCAACAGAGGCCUGGCUCUCAAGCCUGGACCCGCACUCCGCGAGCAGCGACGAAGAAAAAGCGCGGAUGCUGACCGAAGCCGCCUACGCGAAGAAAUACGACGAGAACGACACCGAUAUGGCAGGCGACGUGGAGUCCUUGCUUGCGCACGUUGCUGGGAAUGUGACUGUUGCCAACAAGGGUAUUGAGAAACGGUCGAGCUUCAAGACUAGUGCUGCGCAUGCUGUGCUGUGGAGUGCGUGCGGCACUGUGUUCUCUUGUAUCUCUGGUACGACUUGUACGUUUGAUCAGCAGAUUGGGAAGGCACCGCGCAGUCAUUGCGAGCAGCAGGGUGGUGCGAGCUGCUGUGUUAGUUGGUCGACUUAUACUGUGCGGGCUGGGUUCUUCUCGAGUACUUGGACGGCUUGUAAUCAAGAGGUGCAGGCUGAGCAGAAGAGGAGUGCUUCUUGUGAGGGAUAUGGGACUGGGGAUCAGGGUGGUGAUGUUUGUCUUAGUAACCGUGCUUCUGGAUGUACCUAG